UUUUGGUAUUUUUUGUUUUCCUUUAAUUAAUUUUCAUAAUAAUUAUAGUUUCCUUAUGCUUCUUUUUUGCUUUUACCAACCAACAACUACAACUUGUGCAGAAGGAGAUUAAUUAUUUGUAUCGAUUUCGUCAUCCAAACAUAGUUAAACUCAUUGGAUAUUGCUCUGAAGAAAAUUACAUGAUUUUGGUAUAUGAAUUCAUUCCCAAAGGAAACUUGGACCAUCAUUUAUUCCGAGGAAUUUAACGCAAAAUUGUGCAAUUUCAGUUUGGCUACGGACGGUCCGACAGGCAAUAGGACUCAUGUAUCCACUCAAGUUGUGGGUAGAGUUCGUUACGCUGCACCGGAAUAUGUUGCAAGAGGUCAGUUAACAACAAAAUGCGAUGUGUAUCGUUUUGUGGUCGUUUUGGUUGAAUUACUAACCGGACGGAAAAGUCUUGACUAUAAAAGGCCUUUUAAUGAGUGCAAUCUAGUAGAUUGGGCUAAACCGUAUUUGCGUCGCAAGAAAACUCUGUCUCGGAUUAUGGACCCCAAACUAGAGGGCCGAUUCCCUCAUAAGGAAGCAUAUACUGCUGCAACAAUUGCUCUGCAGUGUCUAAGCCAAAUGCCAGAACAAAGACCAAGGAUGGCUGAGGUUUUAGUUGUCUUCGAGCAGAUGAAUUCGUGAGGUGUCAUAAAUAUUUUUUUUACAACUCACGACGUUUUUCCACCAUUUAACCAUUUCUAUGUAAAUUCUUUUUGAGGUGUUGUUACUUAUUCUAUCGUUGAAUAUGCACAUAUAUUUAUAUUUGUUAAUAUAUUUCAAUAAGAACUAGAACUGUUAUAC